CCCUUAACACCGCCCCCCUCCGUCCCUCCGUCCCCUCCCUCCUCCCGUUCCCUCUCUCUGCAUCUUUCCUCUCAUUCAUAUUUGGUCUUCCGGAAGUAAGCGCGGCUCGGAUAAAGACGGGCUAUUCUGGAAUGGAUACCAAGUCAGGCACUAUCCUGGCUACUGGCAGGACAAGUUUGGUAGAUGGACCCAAUCUUCCAGAAAGUGAGGAACAACCAGUGGCAACAAAACCCUUGACAGAAAUUCAGGUUCAUGCUGUGGAUCUCUCCCUGAAGUCCCCUCAGUCUCUACCUCCUUAUUCACAGUCGUUGCAUUUCAAGGACACGCAGAAGGCCAACCGUGGAAAGAAAAGGAGAUGUAGUGGUAUGGAAAGUGAGGAGAGUGGGGACAACAUUACCCAUACAUCUGUGGAUCCAGGUGUCCAGAAGACCAAUGUCAUUGACCCCAGUCUGCCAGACACAGACUCCAUAGACACUUCUGGCAAGGAGACACACAGUCACUCCAUGGUGGUUCUCAAAGAUGAGAUCGAGGAGGUAUGCAUUGGGGAUUCUCAUGGCUAUUGGCAGGGUGACUCUUAUCCACCAGUAUCUCUCAAUGAGAUUAAGACUGAGGACAAGGGCUCAAAGGUUACUUCUGAUGAUGGAGUUAAUGCACCAGAGGAUUCUCUUGGAACCAUAAAAGAACAGCAUCACGAUGCCGUGAUGUACGAGGUUGGGUUUUUAGCCAAAGAUACGACGGAAGAGAAGACUACUGUUUCAGAAAGACAAAGGCUGGAUUUGACUGGUUUCGUUAAGAGCAAUUUGCUAACAGGACUAAGUGCCGAGUUGCGACAAAGCAUGGAGAAUUGGUCGAGUAAAAAUGAAUUGUCUGACAGUAUGCAAAACAGUGAUGAGAAUAAUGAGAAGGAGGAAGCAAAUUUUCCAUUUGUUAAAGGACUUGGUAAACGAAAAGAACAGAGGACUAAUGAGCCUGAUACAGGUAGGGUAGAGAAAGAAAAAUUGGUUAUACCGAAAAUGGAAGGGAAGGAUGAAGCGCUGAAUUUAAGUUUGCCACAAAAGGCUGUAUGCAAUCAUACAGCCAAAUUGGAAAAGUAUGCAGAAGAUGGGACAGGAAGUCAAAGCACAUUGGUGAUGGAAGUGGAUGAGAUUAUGCAGCGAGAGGAAGAUGAGGAGGAAGAACAAAACGAUAAUUCUCAAGCUCUUUUUGACAAGGAACCAGCGGUUGUCAGAGUUAAUGUAUCAGAUUGGGGUCCUAAACUGUCACCCCCUUCUGUCUCCUUGAAUAAUUCUCCAACGUCCUCCACUGCAGAAGAUCUUGAUGGUCUCCUCCUCAUAGAUGACCAGGGAAUUCCCUAUACUCUUACGCCAGAUGGCAAGAAGGUCAUCCAAGUAGCACCAUCAAAAUCCUGUAAAGCUUCCAUGCUCAGUAGGACAAAACUGAAAGCAAGUUGGGUAGAAGCUAAGGAUUCUGGGACGGCAUCCUCCCCUGAUCAUGAUCUUCCUAAGAAAGGUUUAAUUGAAGCGCUACCUUGUGUGUCUUCUAAAGAAAUUACUCCUCAGCUCUCAACUAGUGGUUCAGCCCCAAAAAUUGUUCCUCUUUUGAAUAACAAACCUAGUAGUCAGACUGCUGUUAUUUCCCCUUCCUCAUUAUCCUCCACACUGUCAAAUUUGGCCUCCCAGCCAGUCAAGAUUAUGGCUAAUCCCACAUCUAACAUUCUCCUUGUUCCUUCUUCCCACCUUCCCUCUCCUCCAUUAGCUAAGCCCACAUCAAAUGCAAGCCUGUUGACUCUUUCUUUACCCAUUUCCCUUAAUCCAAAUCCACCAUCAGCUCCUUUGUUUCUUGUUCUUUCUCCACUUACAACUUCAUCAACUCCUCCUUCAUCCCUGUCUUCUAAGGUUAAUGUCAUUGACUCCAUACCUUCUCCCCUGCUUUCUUCCAACACGCAGUCUUCAGCUUCUGCAUCGGUUCCUCUCUCAUCUGGCAAAACAGUCACUGGAUCUUCUUCGCCAUCCAGCGGUUCAUUACCUGUGGAUCCACUCAAUUCUGGCACUCCCUCUACCUCCAUUGUAGGAAAUGGUACUUGUCCCAUACCUAGCCCUGAUUCUCCCUCUGUCUCCUCAGGUAAUAUCAGACAGCCCAAACCAGACCUUACUUCCAAAACAGCACUUCCCAAGCUCAGUAGAGUCAAAACAUCGGAGUCUCCCUCUAAACCUGAUUCAACAAAUGUUGCUGCAAACCAAACAGAGUCCAGCACAUCACCCGUGUCAAUGAAAUCAUCCCCUGUAAAAUCCCCCAAAUCAAACACUGUUCAAUCUUCUACUUCUUCCUCUGUGUGUCAGACGUCCAAAGAUUCUCCUCCUGCACCCACCCCUGACACUCCAGCAGACGUUUUUCCUUCCGAUCAGUCUCAUUAUGAGAGUUCUGAAACACCUCCUCCCACAGCCAUUUUCCCUACUAAUCACCCAAAAAACUUUUCUUUGUCCUCGUCCUGCCCUCGUCGUAUUCUCUACUGUCAGUACUGCCCACGGGCUUUCUACUACCUCUCUGACCUGGAGCGCCACUCCAUCACCCAUUCCCAGAGCAAGCCGUACGUGUGUCCGCUCUGUAACAAGGCCUUUAAGCGCUCAAGCCACUUGGAGAGACACAAGCACAUUCAUACAGGUCAAAGGAACUUCAUCUGUCCCAUCUGCUCAAAGAGAUUCCGGGAGGCUGGAGAACUCCUCAGACACCAGCGGGUCCACACGGGUGAGAAGCCCUUCCAGUGCCCGCAGUGUCACAUGCGAUUCGCCGAGCGCAACACACUUCGGAGGCACACAAAACGGAAGCAUCAUGAGCUGAAUGGGCAUGGAGAUGGGGAGGGAAUGCCAGGAGGCCAGGAGGAGAGUGCAGAGUGGUACAGCUGUGCUGUACCGGACAUGGAUUCUGACACUGAACCAGACAAAGAUUAGCAACUCGUGUCGCGUUAAACUUUCACAUGGUCUUGCGUCUUGGGUACAUAUAGUUUUAUACUUAUUAAAAAUGUACGGAUUACUGAUGGGUUACAAAUGUACGGAUAUGCAAUUGUCUGUCAUGGACAUGUCACUGGCUACGUGUUCAUGAAGCUCGAUCUCUCAGCGAUGGUUUAACCGAGUUUGCCACUUGGUUGAGAUUUAACUUCUUGACCGUUUCCUGAACAAGGAGACAUGCUUUCAUUUCUGGUGUCUUCUGCAGUAAUAAAAUGUGUUCCUUGUGGAUUUUGCUUCUAACUAUGAUAGGAAGGCAGGUCCAAAGGUCGUGACACUUAAAUCGUGUUUUAGCAGAAAAGGACACACUGUCAUUAAUUGCAUUUAAGCUAGCUGUUCAUCUUCAGAGUAAAGCAUAAAUUGAUACAAUUUCCAGAAUUUAUAUUAAAAGUUUUAUAUCUUUGACAACACAAAAAUGUACUUAUAACAUUCCUGAUAGUAUUUUGCCGACGCUAUAUUGACAUGCAUACGAAAUUCUUUUCUCUCGAGAUGGGCAAAAUACCUGUAAAACAAUUUUACGAUUAGUAAUUUACUGCAUGACAACACACUCUCUUCCUUUGAAUCAGUAUUUCAGCCCUAUAAUGUACAUUGCUGAAGCAGCAUAUUUGAUGGCACUUUUGGAGACUGGUGUUAGUAAGCGAUCACCCAGAUGAUUAGGAUAACAGCUGACUAUUGGUAGCAACAAGGCGUCAGUGACCCCUUGAGUUAAUCGGCACUGGAAUGAAGCUCUCCCUCCCAAAUGAUUCCAUUUAGAUUUAUUAAAAGGCAUGUUUUUAAUCAUGGUUCUUGAAAAGUGUUUUGCUUUUUCAAAGUUUAUAAGAUUAAUUAAAUUCAUAGUAAGCAAUCAUGCAUAAUUAAACCAAACUGAUUGGGCCCAACUGAAUUUUUUAAGUCCUACCAAAGAUUAUUACCGAAAAAUCUUUUAUAUUUUAGGAUUAGGAAUUCUGGAACUUGUAUGGAUGGUAAUACCAGUUUUUCAGGGGAUUUCAACAGUUAUCCGUUAUUGUAAGACAUUUGAAUGAAGUUGUGACAUACUUGAUGUCUAAAUUGACAUCAAAAGUCUAAUUUCUUCCAAGACCAGUUACAGCCUUCAUCAACACAUAUGACAUUACUCUGCUUAAAGUGAUAUUCAUCUUUGUGUUCUCAUCCCUAAUAGGAAAAUUAAUCCAAGUGUGCUGUAAAAAAAAAAAAAACAAAUCACAAUAAUCUGCAGCAGAAAACGAUUAGCCUGGAAUUUGAACUAUGCAGAAGAGUAAAAAUAGAAUUAUAAGCAUUUUGGAUCUGUGAUGGCAAUGCAUAUGAUAUAUUAAAUUGUAUAUUAAUUAUACCUUUUGACCUUUAAGUGCUCUGCUUCUCCCUGUAUGUUAUGGAGUACAGUGGCCUGACCGCUGUAGAUAUAAUUGCUGGAUGGCUUGAAGUUUCACCAAUAAAGGCCUAUGUACCUACUUAACGUUACAUUUCACGUAAGCUAGUAUAUUUUAAGUGGCAGAAACACGAUCAUGCUUCAGUGUGUCAACCACAGUAUAUGUUUGCAUGUGCUGGCUUUGAAUUUUUAUGUAAUUUAUUUCUGUAACCAGUCAUCCAUGCUGGCGACUGUUUCAAAGCGAUAUGAUUUAACUUCAGAACCACCAUUUAUUUACUCAUUACAACUGGGCUGUAUAACAUUUCAUGUGUGGAAGUUGAAAAUAUUGCUAGUGCAAAGAUCAUAUAUUGUUUAAACACUGUAUGUUGCAAACAUAUGUAUAAACAUAUGUAAUAUGUCCUAAGUCUACCUAAUGCAAAAAAGUGUAAAUGCUUUUGUUUUCAGUUUUGUUCACACACCUUUGUGUGUGAAAACCAAUUUAAAGAUUGUAAAUAUUACACCUUCAUAAAUUAUUGGUGUUGCUGGAAAACUGUAAUAUUAUUUCUAAUUAAAAUUUAUGAUGCUUUUGUAAAUA